AUGCGGUGCGUGCGGAUGUUGGCAACCCGUGGGAAUCCAUCGUGGUAUAACUGCUCAGAUGCAGCUGCUGGCUUGGAAAUUAUAGUUUGCGACAGGGUACUCGAAAUCUUUACGUCUGAUGAGGUUCAGAAGCCUACCGAAGGAGGUACGAUGGAUGAAGGUGUUGUCUUCACGAACAACGUUCCUGCGGACCCUUUGCUCACGGUGGAGGAAUGGUGGGAGGAUGUCGUGGAGAAGGAGGCGGUCACAGGUGAAGUUGUUUUGGCCACAACUCCCGGAGCAGGACGAGGGGGAACGGCAGGAGCACAGACAGGGGAAGUAAUCGGGAGUCUGCCGAAGAUGGAGAAGUGGAAGAGGCUGCUGUGCAGAGUGCACCAACUCUCAGUUCAGAGAAAAGAGCUUUGCCAUCGUCAGCGAUAA